UUGGGGUUGUCGUUCUUUUUGUUUGUUUUUUUUUUUUUUUUUCAAAGAAUCGUAAAGAAUUUUGUGGAGACAGAAACGAGCAAAUGGCAGCAGCUGCAGAAGCAAUAACAGAGGGACGAGUCAUCCAUUGUACCACUAUUGAUUCAUGGGAGCACCAAAUUCAGAAGGGCAAUGCCUCUCAACAAUUGAUAGUUGUGGAUUUCACUGCAUCAUGGUGCGGUCCAUGUCGGUUCAUUGCACCUUUCCUAGACGAGCUUGCUAAAAAAUUUCCCAAUGUCACAUUUCUGAAGGUUGAUGUAGAUGAACUGGAGUCGGUGGCUAAAGAUUGGGGGGUGGAGGCAAUGCCUACUUUUAUGUUCCUGAAAGAGGGAAGAAUUGUGGACAAAGUAGUUGGAGCUAAGAAGGAAGAACUGCAACAGACUGUAUUGAAGCACUUGGCUACUGCUUCUGCCUGAUUUUCCACAACAAAUUGGGCUCUGAAGUAGAGAGAUUAAAAAUAACCUUUAUUACACUGGAAAUGCUAUAAUUUUCUUCUAUACUUGAUUACCAACUUAUAUCCGCUCGUUUUGUUGCUAGAACAUGGUAUAUUCUCCCUUCUGAAGUGGUUUAUAUUGUUUGUCUUUUCUUCUUUCUUUUGAGUUGGAAAAACAAUGUUAUUGUUGUAUUAGUAGAAUUGGGAUUUGGGAAUCUGAUAUUUGAUUUCCUCCAUAAGGAAAAGAAACCGAUUCUUUA